AUCUGUGCACCUGUCUCUUGGGUUCUGCGUUAGACUGCGUUAGACUGCGUAGGCUGGUAAGGAGCGGAGAGAGUAGGGGGUCGACGCUGAGCCUUGACUGGAGUAUUGGGUGUGGUAGGUUGACAUAGGCAAGCCGGCAAGAAGACGAUCACAAAGGCAAGUCCCGGUGUUUCAUUUAACAAGGAUCCCCAAAAAGGUAUUCAUUAGUUUAACAUUUAGAGAGCACAAUGCUGGAGAUAACUAGCAGCCAGUACGACUCCUUCCUGUUUUGGAGACAGCCUAUCCCAUCUCUGGACCUGUCAGAGUUGGAGGAUCUCGGCUUUUCGGAACCGAAGUCCAAGGAGAGCCUGCACGGGAAGAGCUCCCCAAAGUCUCCAGCGCUAGAAGAUGAAGAUCUGGAGUUCUCUGAAUUCUCAACCUUUAACUACUGGAAAGAGCCCAUUGCUAGUAUUGACACCUUGGAUUUCAAUCUGCUACUGUGAGCCAUUGUAUCAAGUGCCAGUUCACGACCCUCGACAUGUUUUCAAAUCAUCAUGCUCUGUAUGUUUUGUGGCUCAGUAUGAUGAAUUGUUGGCUUACUGAAGUCAUGUAUUUCAGCCUCUCUUCUUCUUUUUUUUUUUUUAAAUCUUGCAUGUUACAUCGCUUAGUAAAAGAAAAAAAAUAAGGAGAAGCAAAUACAUUUGUUAUUGGUGAAAGUUUAAAAAUACAAGAUCAUGUGAUGUCUUAAUGAAGAGCACUGGUGCACAAUAUUCUGAUAAGUAAUCAGAUUAUUCAUGAUGUUAUACAGUUCAGUGUCAUAGUUUAAACAUGGUAGAGGCUGACCAGCAUCUAAAAAUCAGUGACUCGAAACCUAAAUUAUUGGUCUAGUAUUUAUUUAAUAUUUUCUCAGCUAAGUAUUCUUAAUCUAGUAAUAAUCAAUUCGAGUAAAUUUACCAAAAAUCAACAGUGUAAAUAUGAAACUACUACAUCAACACAAUUAAGAAAUGGUAAAAAUACUGGUUGCUGGAUCACUUACUUCUGUUAUUCUAUUAUUAUUAUUCCAUUUUGAUCAUGUUAUUCUCAUCCUUUUAAAUGAAUAAAGAGCUUUACAUAAUCUAAAACAAA